AUGGAACAAGAAAGAAAGUUUGUGUUGUUUGGUGUCAAUGCCCUAAGGAAAUUUCCGAUCUCCUCUUCUUUUUUUCCUUUAUUUCUUCCUUCUAUUUGUUUUUCAGAUUAUUCUCUAUACUUCCACUCCUUUCUUCCUUUCAUUCUUUCUCCCUUUCUUUCUUUUACAGGAGCUCCUCUUCUUUCUUUCCUUUACAUUCUAGCUUUUCUUUCAGAUUCUUCUUCUUCCUCUCCUUUCUUUCUUUCUUUCUUUCUUUCUUUCUUUCUUUCUUUCUUUCUUUCUUUCUUUCUUUCACUGAUUCUCCUCUUCCUUUUCCAUCUUUCUUCUUCUUAUUCCCUUUCUUAUUUUUUUUCGUUAUACUCCUUCACUUUUUUUUUUUUUUCAUUUUCCGUCUCGUCAAUCCUACUUUUUCAAUAUCUCAUGAAGCUCCAUAGUGCCUUACCGAGGGCAGUUAACAAUAUUACUAAGAAUUGUUAUAUUGACGCACCCACUUACUCAAGGAGGAGACUAAGCCUACCACGCCACCACCUCAGAGGAACACAAUCUGGGCAGUACAGCGAGAGAGGGAGAUUCGAUCUCAACACACCUGAAGGGACACCAAUCAUCACAUCUAUCACAGCAAAAUCAUUCCUUGAACAUCUUGCAGGGCGUUGCAGACCGGACAGAACCAAACCACCUCCCUCUCCUCGGAAGUUCCGCACCUGCAUGGUUCUAAGGAGUCUCUCCCGGUUGGUUGGCAUAGAGGGAGCAAAAUCCCCAUCCUUUAGGUUCAACAGCAACCCGGGGUUCUCAUUAGGCCUAAGAAACAUGUUAGGUGUCACUGCUUCUCUCUCUCUCUCUCUCUCUCUCUCUCUCUCCGCAUAUUCCUGA